CGUAAACAAGGAAGUAACUGAUGCACUGUGAGCUGAGCGCUCCCGUCUAUACCGUCUUUUGUACUCUUCAUAUACAUAAAUAUAGCAACGUAUUAAAUUUCUGUAAUAACGCGUUCACUGGAUCAUUAACGUUACCAGGUGAAUGAUCAACAAGAUUGGUGUAAUUGCUGUUGCUAAAGCUUCGGCCCUUUACUUUUGUAGACACUAUCACAAAGACAAGUUGACCAUAGUUCCGUUUGUUCAUAUUCCUGCUAUUCUUUAGGCUGAUUUUUUUCUAAGAUUUGUUUUAAACGUUUUAUCAUAAAUAUCAUGUCGCUAGAGCUGCUUUCACGUUUCACUUAAUGAUGAUUACUCUGGUAACUAGUGUUCACGCCAUCAUGACAUGAUUCACACUGACCUUUAUAUUCCUGUGAAGUUAAUGGAAAGCCCAAACCUAUAAAGCUAAGUCCCAAUCUGAAACAUGGUAAACAUUCACAUGCUCUGAUUCAUACAGUUAUAGUUGUGUGUUGUAAAUCUGCAGCAUUCUGCAGAGAUGUCAUCACCUGUGAAUGUCAUAGUGGUUGGAGUUGGCAACAGAGGAGAAAACUAUUCAGACUAUGCUGUGAUUUAUCCUGAUCGCAUGCGGGUAGUAGGAAUUGCCGACCCAAGGGAUUUUGCUAGAAAGAAAAUCCAGGAGCGUCACAAAGUUGCCAGUGAAAACACGUUUGAUGAUUGGCGUUGUAUAGUGGAGAGAGAAAAGUUUGCAGAUGCUGUUUUGAUCUGCACUCCUGAUCGCCUUCACAAGGAUCCUGCUGUUGCUUUAGCUAAGCAAGGCUAUCAUAUACUGCUGGAGAAACCAAUGGCUGUUACUGAGGACGACUGCUCGGAGAUCGUAGAGACUUGCAUUCGAAGUAAAGUCAUGCUGACAGUGUGCCAUGUCCUCAGAUACGACCCUGUGAUUCACAAAAUUAAAGUGUUGAUUGACAGAGGUGUGGUUGGAGAUGUCAUCCACAUUCAGCAUUUGGAACCAGUGGGGUUUUAUCAUUUUGCUCACUCAUUUGUCAGAGGGAACUGGAGAAAUGAGGCUGAAAGCUCUUUUGCUCUGUUAGCCAAAUCCUGCCAUGAUUUGGACCUCAUUCAUCAUUGGGCUGGUGGACGAAGGUGUAUCAAAGUUUCGUCUUUUGGAUCCCUUAGCCACUUCAGAAAAGAGAAAAAGCCAGCAGGGGCAGGGAAUCGAUGUUUAGACUGCCCUGUAGAGGGUGAUUGUGCAUACUCUGCAAAGAAAAUCUAUUUGGAUCGAGUGAAAAAAGGGCAUAAUGGAUGGCCAGUGUCGGUGAUCUGUUCCAACUCAGUUCCUGAUAUUGAAUCUGUCACUGAAGCCCUCAGAACUGGACCUUAUGGGCGCUGUGUCUAUGAAUGUGAUAAUGAUGUCUGCUCAAAUCAGGUGGUAAACAUGGAAUUUGAAGGAGGCCUGACUGCUGCUUUAACUAUGGUAGCAUUUACAGAAGAAAUUUGUACUCGCAGAACCAGCAUUUAUGGUAGUAAGGGGGAACUGACAUAUGAUGGACAUGAGAUCAAAGUGUUUGACUUCCUCACGUCUAAGACCACAAAGCAAACAGCGGAUAUGAACGUUCCAGGCAACUUUAGCAAAGGGGGUCACGGGUCUGCAGAUUAUCACCUGAUCGAUUCCUUUAUUGCAGCUGUGAUGAAUAAAGACCCGGCUCUGAUUCGAUCCGGUCCUGAGGAGACAUUAGCAAGUCAUAAACUUGUGUUUGCGGCUGAACGUGCUCGAUUGGAGAACAGAGUAGUGUUCUGUGAUGAGCAGAAGAGCUGAUAAUUGGAUAAGAUCUUUAUACUUCACUCCAUAAUCACAUUCACUUUGUUGCUAACAUUAUUUUGUUAACAUACUGUACGUGACUUGUAUUCUCUUGUCAGUUUUUCAGUGAUGGACCAACUGUAAAAAUGGACCAACUGUAAACAAAAUAAAUUACGUUUUUAAUAACAUUUCCUGUUUCGUGUAACCUGAAGAUAUUUGAAUGCAUCGAUGUAGUAAAUUAUUAAUAUUUGAACCAUUAACAUCAUGAUGUGGCCUAUAAAGGCAAUAUCAAAACUUGUUUCAUAUUUCAGUUACAAGGCUAGUAAUCAUGAGAGCACUGAAUAAAAUGAAGGAUGUGGUAUUAAAUAGUUACAAUAAAUUUAAUCAUCACAUUUUAAUCGUUUUUAGAUGCUGUUCAAAUGUUGAUGUAAAGAUGUACUUUACAGAAUAAUAGAAAAGUAAAAUACAUUUUGA